GACAUGGAGCACAAGUCGAAGAAAUUGAAGGUAUCUGGGUCGCCAAAACAUGGUGUGGCAGGUGGAGUAAAUACAGGCGCCGAUGCUAGUGAAGCUGAAUGGACAACUGUAGAACACAAAAGUAAAUCGUCUACUCUUCCACUUCGGCCAGAUAUCUCUACGCCCAAUGCCUUUACAAACCUUUUGCAAUCUGGAGAAAAGAAAGCAGAUAAUAAUGCCGAGUGGUCUAAAGUAGAGAAGAGGAAAGCCAAGAAGGCACGAAAGGUGGAAGAAAAUUCGGAAAAUUCUCCUCCUCGAUUUUAUUAUGUGAAUAGCGAGAUUAUCAAGCGGAGAGAGGCCGUCACUAUAGGUGACAUUCGCGACCUUACAUUGCAUUUGCUUGGAGAAGCAGCACCGCAACCGUGGCUGAAGGUUGAGAAUCGACAAGCCAUCAGGAAAGUAGUAGUUUCUUUCGUUCCCGGUAUACUGCCCGAGCACCUGCGAAUAAGAUACCAUCCUGCCAACGCGACAACAAACCCGAAUCUUCCUAUUUCUAUCCCUUUACUCCAAGAAACCAACUCAGCACAACAGGGAAUGCCUGUCAUUGUGAAGACUCUAUUUGGAGGAACGAAGGAGAUUGUCCCGGAUAUUAAAGACGACACUCCAAAACUUCCCUUUGUCGCUCGGACCUUCAGCCAUGCCUGCCCCACUCGUGCACCUGGUGACGCACUGCGCAUGCAUAGCGUACUUGGUGCGUUCUUUCAGGGUCCUAUCAGUGCGGAAGAGAAGAAGAGACGCAUGGUAGCAUCGUUGAAAGCUGGGAAAGAUAUAGCUGCGGAUGAUCCUAUGCGCUAUGUUCUCACGCCAACACAGAUGCUUGAGAACGAAUACCCUCUGCCUUCGUAUAUGAAAGACGCUUCAGGUGGACCCGAAGCGGGUUCAUCUCAUUCGACGGAUGAAGGCUGGAAGGAGACGCCAAAGCCAGAAGAGAAUGAAAGUGGAACUCCAGAGGUCAUUGCCAUUGAUUGUGAAAUGUGUCUGACGGAGGACGGAAAAGAACUUACGCGCGUGUGUGCCAUUGACUUUCGGACUGGGAAAGUCCUCUUGGACAAGCUGGUAAAGCCGCCUAAGCCCAUAUUUGACUAUUUAACGAGGUGGUCGGGCAUAAAUGAGGAGUCUCUUCGAGAUGUUACUGCUACGCUUCAAACUGUUCGAGAUGAGUUCACGGAUAUCCUGUCCUCUUCUCAAGGUAAAACCGGGAGGACACCUAUUCUCUUAGGGCAUUCCCUUGAGUCCGAUUUACGUGCCUUGAAGUUGGCACAUAGCCGAUGCAUUGAUACCGCACUUUUUUAUCAUCAUCCACGAGGGCGACCACUAAAACCCGGACUUGCGUGGCUCACGAAGAAGUGGUGUGACCGGGAAAUCCAAAACCGUGGAGAAGGCGGACAUGACGCGGAAGAAGAUGCACGAGCGUGUAUUGAGCUUUUGGAACGGAAACUCAAGGGCGGGCCGUCAUUUGGCGAAUAUAAAUCAACAACGGAGUUCGAGAGUAUAUUUGAGCGUUUGAAGCGGUCGAUCCAUGGAAGCUCAACUGGCGAACCGGGUAGUGGAACAGGGGCGAAGCUCAGAACGGCUGUUGUUGAUCGCGGGAGCCCUGCGACAUGGCAUGGUGCUGGAGCAGGACGCUGUGUCGCUUGUACGAACGACGACGAAGUCGCGAAGGGCAUUUUAGGCUGCAUUGAGGAUAGUGACUUUGUCUGGGCGCGUUUAAGUGGGGUUGCGGAGGCACAGAAUUGGCUUCAACCAAAGUCAAAUACCGAGAAUUCUGUCCAACAAAAUCCACUCGAAGCCGAUCCUGCCACAGUGGAAAAUGCGCUUAAGACACUCAACUCACAUUUAUCACUGAUACACGCAUCAUUGCCACCACGAACCGCUUUCGUCGUCUUCACUGGGCAUUCUGACCCUCGUCCUAUGGUAGCGUUGCAGGCACGCAAGAAUGCAUUUGAGAACGCGUUACGUGCUUCGCAGGCUAGUUCGAGUACGUCUGGGAGUUCGGUUAGUGUUCCGGAAGGUGUGCGUUGGACGGCGAGUGAUGCACGCGAUUUGGAGGAGGCGGUGGAACGGGCCCGGCAAGGGAUGCUGUUCUUGUCUUUGAAAUGAUUGGGUAAAGUGUUGGGUAACAGGUUUGCUUGACGAGGUCUUGCAGACCUCUUGUAAUAGAUAGAUAUGUCAGUGGCUAUUACCU